ACAGUCUAUUUCAGCUAUAAGGGGGAUCUUUAUCUUUGUUGUUAGUGGUGGUGGUGUUGUUGGUGUUGAUGGUGGUGGUAUUGGUGGUGUUGAUGGUGGUGGUAUUGGUGGAGUUGGUGGUGUUGUUGGUGGUGGUCUUGGUGGUGUUGUUUGUGAUGGUGGUGUUGUUGGUGGUUGUGGUGGUCGUGUUGGUGUGUUUGUGAUGGUGUUGGUGGUGGUGUUGGUGGUGGUGUUGGUGAUGUUGAUGGUGGUGUUGAUGGUGGUGUUGUUGAUUGUGGUGUUGGUGGUUGUUGUGUUGGUGGUCUUGGUGGUGGUGUUGGUGUUGGUGGUGUUGAUGGUGGUGGUAUUGUUGGUGUUCGUGGUGUUGAUGGUGGUGUUGUUGAUUGUGGUGUUAUUGGUGGUCGUGUUGGUGGUCUUGGUGGUGGUGUUGGUUGUGGUGAUGUUAGUGGUGUUGAUGGAGGUGAUGUUGAUGGGGGUGGUAUUGGUGAUGUUUUUGGUUAUGGUGUUGAUGGUGGUGAUAGUCUUGUUGGUGGUGGUGGUGGUGGUGUUGGUGGUAUUGUUGGUGAUGGUGGUGUUGUUGAUUGUACGAUCCAUCCUGGGUUUAACCAGGCUGGAUUGUGUGAGGGGCUCACAAAUGCUUGAAAGAUCUGGAGACAUUCCCACCAGUAAGUUCGUCCGGCAGGCAAGGCUGCAUUGGCUGGGUCUUGUAGACCGCAUACCCAAGCAGUUUAUUUUGGUUGCAUAAAGGGGGCUAAACGGGCACGACAUGGGCUGUCAAAAUAUGGACUGAUGCUGUAUGGGAGGAUGUGGAGCUGAGUGGACUUGCAGAAGACUGGUAUCAGUGGUGUGGAUAGCAUCCUUCACGAGGAAGCUCGUGAAGGAUCCUACCGGGCAGUAGGAGGCAGUCGCCUUCCAACAACAACUGAGGACAGAGGAGUGACGCUCACAACGAGUAGCGGAUAAAAUUCAACAAGUUGGCACAGUUGGGGAUACAGCUGGUGUAUCUACCAGUCAUCUCAGCCAACCUUUGGAACCUGGGUCUAUCCCGUGACGUCUUGUCAGCCUUCGACACUUCACGUGGACUAAAAGUGCACCUGGCCCGGCACAGGUGCCGUGGUGUCAUCACCCCUACUUAGUGGCGAAUGUCGGUUGUUGUUGUUUUUGUAUUUCGUGUUGUGAGUGGUGAUGAUGUGAGUCUGUGUUGACAAUGUGGGUUCAUGGUGAGGAUGUAAGCCCGCGUUGUGACUCAUGUUGAGAUCUGGGAGCCCUCACGCCCUCUCGACUCUUUGUGAUCCUCGCCUUCGUCUCCUGCUCCGCACGCAGAGACCCGGACUGUGCGAGAGACGCUGUGAGAUCUUUGCACCCUGCUCUGCAAGUUGCUACCAUGGAGAUGAGCCGAGGUGGAGAGGCGAGGAGUAAGGGCGAAUCUUGCACCACGUGGAGUGCGCUGUCCUCAGAGGGCAACGCCUCCAUCUGCAGCAAAUCACCGCAAGAAAUCCUGGCUCUCUUUGGCCCUCACUUGACCAACCGUGAGAAGCUAGAACUCGCAGCCAUGCAGGAAGUGUGGUACUUUGCACUUUUCAACAAAUCUCAGGGAUUCAACAAUGAUGGAUACGACGACUACGAACGAAAUUACAUUCUGUUCCGGCAUGAGCACCUCCGCUAUCGCUAUGAGGUGCUGAAGAAGAUUGGAGAAGGAGGUCAAGGCCAGGUGAUCCAGUGCCUUGAUCACAAAAGGAACAUCCUGGUGGCCAUCAAGAUCCUGGUGUCACCAUCGAGCUCCAAGCAAGAAACAUACCAGAAGAUGGAGCUCCAGAUAGCUCUGGAACUUCAGGACGAGGGCAGUGAUGAAGAUUUCAACGUCAUCAAAGUCCUGAACAUAUUUCAUUUCAGAGGACACUACUGUAUCGUCAUGGAGCUGUUGAAGGAGAGCCUUCAUGAAGUGAUUAGAAAUGCGGGGCUCCGGCGGCUGGACAUGGCGAUGGUGAAAACCUACACCAGGGGCAUCCUCAAGUUCUUGCGCCACAUCAAUUCCAGGAAAAUCGUCCACGCGGACAUCAAGCCUGAAAAUGUUCUCGUCAAAGACACCGUGACUGGCACCGUGAGGAUCACGGACUUUGGCACGAGCUUUUUCGUGGAAAGUCAACCUAUGAAUGUUGGUGGCACCCUAGAAUACUUGGCUCCGGAGCUGUUGCUGGGCUAUAGCUUGACAUGUGGAGUGGAUAUGUGGGCGCUGGGCUGCACGGUGGCGGAGUUGGCGACGGGCAGGGAAUUAUUCCGGUCCAACAGCCACGAAGAUCACCUCCCGCGCUGCAUAGAGAUUCUGGGGAUGCCUCCAAGGUACAUGGUGAAUGGAGCACCCGACAGAACGCAGUUCUUUGACCAUCGGGGGAAGAUGUUCUGCCCAGGCAAGAAAAGGGUUCCGGGGAGCUUCCCACUUCACAGGGUGCUCAAAAGCGAUGACCCGGAGUUUGUCGAAUUCAUCAGCUCCUGUUUGCGAUGGGAUCCGAAUUGUCGUAUGACGCCAGUGCAGGCGCUGGCUCAUAACUGGCUCCGGACUGCGGCCACCAGCACCACCACGGCCAGCAAAGCCACCACCACCACCGCUGCUGCUCCUGGCAGUGUGAAGCACUCUGGAGCUGCUGAGCGACGAGUGGAGCCGGCACAGCGCCCAUCCUCCUUGCUCGCCCAGGCCUCUAAAGAGAAGUUGAAGGUUGUGGAGGAAGAAGAGACCAUGGUGGAGGAGCUGGUGGUGCUGGAGGAGGAGGAGACUCUGGUGGAGGAGUUGGUGGUACAAGAGGAGACUCUGGUGGAGGAGUUGGUGGUACAGGAGGAGACCCUGGUGGAGGAGUUGGUGGUACAGGAGGAGACGCUGGUGGAGGAGUUUGUGGUACUUGAGGAGACGCUGGUGGAGGAGUUGAUGGUACAGGAGACGCUGGUGGAGGAGUUGGUGGUACAGGAGACGCUGGUGGAGGAGUUGGUGGUACAGGAGACUCUGGUGGAGGAGUUGGUGGUACAGGAGACUCUGGUGGAGGAGUUGGUGGUACUUGAGGAGACGCUGGUAGAGGAGUUGGUGGUACAGGAGACCCUAGUGGAGGAGUUUGUGGUACAGGAGACGCUGGUGGAGGAGUUGGAGAUACAGAAGGAGACCCUGUUGGAGGAGUUGGUGGUACAGGAGACUCUGGUGGAGGAGUUGGUGGUACAGGAGACUCUGGUGGAGGAGUUGGUGGUACUUGAGGAGACGCUGGUGGAGGAGUUGGUGGUACAGGAGACUCUGGUGGAGAAGUUGGUAGUACUUGAGGAGACCCUGGUGGAGGAGUUGGUGGUACAGGAGACCCUGGUGGAGGAGUUGAUGGUACAGCAGGAGAAGAGGAAGCAAGGGAGCCUGGCCCGCAUAGGGAGAGCCAUCCGCUCACUCCUCCGACGUGUGCUGCUUUGUGGUGGCCGGUCCACUGCACAGUAGGGGUGGUAGAGGUGGUGGAUUGGUGUGAACCCUGACGACUUUCACCACACUCAAAACACUCACCCUGCACCCAACCACCCUGUGAUACCCUGCACCCACCACCCACACCUUGCACCCACCCAGUCCUUGAUACCCCGCACCCACCACACACACCCUGCAUCCACCACACUCACCCUGCACCCACCAGACUCACCCUGCACCCACCACACACACCCUGCACCCACCCAGUCAGUGAUAACCCGCAUCCACCACACACACCCUGCACCCACCACACUCACCCUGCACCCACCACCCACACCCUGCAUCCACCCAC